AUGGCUCCUCUACAAGUUGGCGACAAGCUCCCCGAGGGCGUCAAGUUCGAAUGGGCACCCAUCACCGACAGCGACCCUACCGUCUGCGGUCGUCCCCAAGAAUACGAUGCCAGCAAGGAAUGGGCGGACAAGAAGGUCGUCCUCUUCUCCGUUCCCGGCGCUUUCACCCCAGGCUGCCAAGCAUACCAUCUCCCUCCAUACAUUGCAAAGGCCAAGGAGUUCAAAGAGAAGGGCGUUGACAUCAUUGCUACCAUUGCAAGCAACGACAGCUGGGUCAUGAACGCCUGGGGCAAGGUCAAUGGCGUCAAGAACGACGAUGUUCUUUUCCUUAGCGACACCAAGACCUUUUUCUCCAAGGAGUACGGUUGGCCUGCGGGUAUGGGCGACCGCAACGGUCGCUGGGCUAUGGUCUUCGAUCACGGCAAGGUCAUCUACGCCGAGAACGAGAAGAGCCCCGGCGAGGUUUCGGUUUCUAGUGCCGAUGCCGUUCUGGCCAAGUUGUAA